AUGAAUUUUAACUUUAUAUUUUCAUAUAUAAGAAGUAAAUGCAACCAAGAUGAAAUCAAUUCUAUAUCAAAUUUAAUUGAGAUACCAACUUCAGGAGCCGAAAAAUGUUUGUGUGUUUCAUCAUUAAGAUAUCUUGAAAAAGUUCGUAGCGAUUGUGUAUUUUGUAUAGAAAAUUUUCUUUCUAAUGGAUGGAUUGAUCACGACUUUAUUUGGGAAAACUUAAAAAGUAGUUUAGAAGAAAAUUACCCUCAGGAACAAAUUGCAAAUGGUGUUUUGUACGAAUUAGAUAUUUUGAAAUCACAAGAACAAUAUCUUGUAAAUAUUGCUCUUAAUCUAUUCAGAAAUAAUCUUUUAUUGGAAAUUAACAAUAUAAUUGAUACUUACAUGUUUGAAUCACCUAAUCUUAUUGAUAUUCAAGCAAUUUUGGUUUCUAAAAUAGUUAACGCCACUAAAUUUUAUGAAAAUCGAUUUUUAGCAAGUUUAAGAGAAAUAACACCAAGUUUAAUAGAACUAAAAUCAGAUUGGUAUGAAUACGAAGAAACACGUGAAAUAAUUCAAGCAAUUGAGAAUAUAGAACAUACUAACAUUAUGUUUGCUACAUUUAAAAUAUUCUUUUUAAAGAAUUCUUUGAAACACAAUGUUUUUUUUGAAGCACUCGAAUUAAAAAAUUCUUUUAUAAGAUGUUUUGAUAAAAUGUAUACAAAUAUUGAAAACAUAACAGGGAAUGUGAUAAAUAGUAUAGGGUUAUCAGUUCCUAUAACAACAGAAUCUAUAAUUAUAGCUUCAGUCAUAACAUCAUCUGAAACUGAAUUUGUAUACAGUACCAGUACACAAACAAUAACAGAACCAAUUACAACUGUUACGGGUAUUAUAGUUACAACUAUAAACGAAACAGUAAAAACUACUCUUUGGGAUGAAAAAACUAUAAUUGAGACGGUUACUGUUACAAAUUCAAAAGUUUAA